AUGGUGUCCACACGACCGUCCCCCACUCCAGCGAGAGGUCGAAUACCAUAUCCUUCCGCGACGACCUACACUCCUGGCGACGCUGACAACUCGCCCGCAUACCUUGGCGCUUCCGAGCCAAUCCGCAAAACGUCUUCUCGAGAUUCGGACCGGCAAGGCUUAAAGACCUGGUGGAAAGGCUUCAGAGAACAAGAAGGCAACGAACCCACGAAUGCGACAGGACGUGGAGUAUUUGGCGAAUAUCUCGCCGAUUCUAUAGAAUAUGCCUCGGUGCAGGUCUCAACCAGUGGACCUGACGGCUCGCUUUACGUCUGGGGGUGA